AAAUGACUCGGUGACGUCGUUUUCUUCAAUAUCUUUGGAAUUAAAAGCUGUUAUCAUUUCAUAUUCCAGCUAUUCUUAAAAAAAACAUGUUUUUGAAAUCAUUCCAUUUAGAUUUCUAAGUUAUCUUUCAUAUUUUGUAAGAAAUUAUAAUAACUGUAUUCCCGCCCCAGGCUUCCAUGAGUGUGUUAUUAUCAUGUGUCUUCAAACUAGCCUGCUUUAUAGCUAGCUAACACUAGCUGGGUCAGUAUCAGUAAAAAGUGUCAUUGAGGCUUCAUGAUUUCUCCCCCAAAGAGUGAAAAUGUUCCACUGAGUUUCAUGAUUAAAGUCGACCUUAGACUGCUGUAAAUGCAUGUUGUUCAAGUUGCACCACUUUUUAUGGAUUUACUGCAAGCAGAUAAGAUGUGAGCAAACAGUAAAAUGUGUCCAUCCUGUCCAGGACAAAGUCAAAGAGAAUAAAUACAGUUUUAGAACAUCCUGAUUAUAAAACGGACAUUUUCAGAAAGUUCUGGGUUCUGGCUAACUUUUAUUCCACUUCAUGUUCUAUGUUAUUCUAUUUAUUUCUGCUGUACUCUUUUGUUCUGUUGGGUUGUUUUUCUAGGUUUCUUCCUGGAAUGAAGUCCAGCCUGAUAAGCCUCCUCUCCUUCCUGCUCUACAAACACACAUUUCCUGGUUCCUCCCUUCAGAUCUGCACUCUGCAGACGGCUGGAAGAAGCUGACAGGAACCCGUUCACUGCAGAAACACAUGAUUUGUAGAUCAGAGCUCAGACUAGUUUCAUGUUUGAGGAAGUGAAACUUAGUCUGUGUGAGCCAGAGGAGAAAUGGCGCAGCAAAGAAAUCAGUCAGAUUCAGAGAAACUCUCUUGUUCCAUCUGUCUGGAUCUCCUGAAGGAUCCGGUCUCUACUUCCUGUGGACACGACUACUGCAUGGACUGUAUUAAAACCCACUGGGAUGGAGAGGAUGGGAAGAGAAUCUACAGCUGCCCUCAGUGCAGGAAGACUUUCACACCAAGACCUGUCCUGGAGAAACACGUGCUGUUAGCAGAUUUAGUGGAGGAGCUGAAGAAGACCAGACUCCAAGCUGCUGCUGCUGAAGAUGAUGAUGAUCUCUGCUAUGCUGGACCUGGAGAUGUGUCCUGUGAUUCCUGCACUGGGAGGAAACUGAAAGCCUUCAAGUCCUGUUUAUUCUGUCUGGUCUCUUUCUGUGAGCAGCACCUCCAGCCUCACUAUCAAUCUCCUGCUUUUAAGAAACACCAGCUGGUGGAACCCUCCAAGAACCUCCAGGAGAACAUCUGCUCUCGUCAUGAUGAGGUGAUGAAAAUUUUCUGUCUCACUGAUCAGCAGUUGAUCUGUUCUCUGUGUUCCUUGGAUGAACAUAAAGGCCAUGAAAGCGUCUCAGCAGCAGCAGAAAGGAAGAAGAAGCAGAAGGAGCUGGAGGUGAGUCGACUGAACGUCCAGCAGAGAAUCCAGGACAGACAGAAAGACGUGAAGAUGCUUCAACAGGAGCUGGAGGACAUCAGAGUCUGUGCUGAUAGAACAGUGGAGGACAAUGAGAAGAUGUUCAGCGAGAUGAUCCAACUCAUCCAUAACAGACAGCGAGAUGUGGAGCAGCAGAUCAGAUCCCAGCAGAAGACUGAAGAGAGUCGAGUCAAAGAGCUUCAGGAGAAGCUGGAGCAGGAGAUCAGGGAUCUGAAGAGGAAAGAUGCUGAGCUGAAGCAGCUCUCAGAUACACCAGAUCACAGCCAGUUCCUCCACAACUACCCCUCAGUGUCAGCACUCAGUGAGUCCAAACCCUCAUCCAGCAUCGACAUCCGUAAUCUGAGACACUUUGAGGACGUGACAGCAGCUGUGAAAGAGCUCAGAGAUCAUCUACAGAACAUUCUGAGGGACACGUGGACAAACAUCUCACUGGCAAUCACUGAAGUGGAUGUUCUACUGUCAGAACCACAACCAAAGACCAGAGAUGGAUUCUUAAAAUAUUCCAGAGAAAUCACUCUGGAUCCAACCACAGCACACAGUUUUCUGUUACUAUCUGAAGGGAACAGAAAAGUAACAUUUAUGGGACAAGACCAGCAUUAUCCUGAUCAUCAAGAGAGAUUCACUGUUUGGUUUCAGGUCCUGAGUAAAGAGAGUCUGACUGGACGAUGUUACUGGGAGGUGGAGUGGAGAGGAGGACACAUUGAAGUUUCAGUCGCAAAGAAGAAUAUCUGCAGAAAAGGAAACUCAAAGGAAUGUAGAUUUGGAUGUAAUGACAAAUCUUGGUCUUUGAUUUGUUCCACCAACAGAUAUAUAUUUUGGUACAACAACAUCAUCACUACCGUCUCUGGUCCUGAGUCCUCCAGAAUCGGAGUCUAUCUGGAUCACAGAGCAGGUAUUCUGUCUUUCUACAGCGUCUCUAAAACCAUGACUCUCCUCCACAGAGUCCAGACCACAUUCACUGAACCUCUACAUGCUGGAGUUUGGCUUUCAUAUGAUGUUGGAAACACUGCAGAGUUCCUGAAAGUCAAACAGUAUUUCCAGAGUCUGAGGUUCAUGUUCAGCCCUGAUUUAAGUUCACGACACACGACUGUUCAAAAGUCUGGAUCACUGAGAAAUGGCCUGAUUUUAGACAGAAAAGCAGGUUUUGUUGCAACUUCAACUCAUUUAAAGCAACUUUUACCACUUUAGAGCAACUUUAACUCAGUUAGAGAAACUUUUAUUCAUUUAAAGCAACUUCAACUCAUUUAAAGCAACUUUUACCACUUUAGAGCAACUUUAACUCAGUUAGAGAAACUUUUAUUCAUUUAAAGCAACUUUUCCUCAUUUAGAGCAACUUUUACUCAUUUAAAGCAACUUUUACCACUUUAGAGCAACUUUUACCACUUUAGAGCAACUUUUAUUCAUUUAAAGAAACUUUAACUCAUUUAAAGCAACUUUUAUUCAUUUAGAGCAACUUUAACUCAUUUAAAGCAACUUUAAUUCAUUUAGAACAACUUUAACUCAUUAACUUCAUUAACAGUGAAGGACUUUUAACGUCCUUCUGAAUCUGCUCUUUGCUUUCCUUUGAUUUCAAUUCAUGUUUCUUCAACCUCAUGUUUAGUGAUGCAUUUAAGGAACCAGCUGAAGUGAAGGAAAAAUCAGCUUUUUCUUCAGAUGUUCACUUCGUUUCUCUUUCACGGGGAUAUAUAUGUACAGAAUGUGUUGGAUUUAUAUUUUAUUUUGGUUUUUCUGGGGACAAAUAAUGAAAUUUUAUUGCAGUCAGUUGUCAUUUAAUAAUCUGACUUGGUGAUUUCUAAUUUUGUUGGUGUGUUUUGUUUUGUUUGUGAUUCAGCUUCAUGUUAAUCUGCAAAUAAACGACAAUAAAACAACA